AGCCUAGUGCCUCCCCAUCAAUCUAUUGUGGAUAGAUACUUGGAUGCCCAUAUUUAUAGCAAGUGGGGGUUGCUAUGUUCCCUGCUUUUCUAGUCUGUCCUCUGCUCGCCAAGUUUGUGGUGGGGGCACCAUUCCUUCUUGGCAAAUGCUUGAAACCGCAGUGACCAAUCCAAACUGCAUUCUCUUCUCUCUUUUUGGGUGCCUUUAAAAUAGGAGGUCGUAGAGUGUCGAGAAAGCUAGCUAAGUGCCUCUCUAACCCUACCCUCCUCCUGCACCCGAAAGUGCCCCCUGUUGCAAGGUUCUUCGAGGCCUCGAUCCCGAUAAGCAUCGAAGUGUGAGAGGUCUCCACUUCUUGACUUGUUCUUCUGUUGCCACAACAUGUCAAGAUAUCAUCUGAGGCAGUAUGAGAAGGAGCACAUGAAGAUGGCCAUGCUGAAGCAGGAGCAGACAUUCAAGCAGCAGGUUCAAGAACUGCACCGGCUGUACCGGGUCCAGAAGCUACUGAUGACCGACGCGGCGACCGCAGCAGCAAUGCCGCCCGCGGCCACCCGCUGCGACCUCGAGGACGAGAGGCGCGCCGCGGAGAACCACGCCGGCUCGAGCAAGUCGUGGGACGGCGCCUACUCGGAGCAGGGGAAGGCCACCACUCCCCAGCUCGCCCUCGUCCAAGAGAGCGAGCUCGAGCUGACGCUGUCUCUGGGGUGCUUCGGGACGGCCGGGAAGAAGGCGGCCAAGAAGGAGGUGUCGUCGAGUGUGGAUUCCAGGACGAGCAUUUCGUCGUCGUCGACGGAGUCCGGUAGCUCCGUCGCUGAUCGGGUCCGCGGCUGCUGGUGGCGUGGGGCAGGACGGGCUGCAGCAGCCUCCUUGGCUCCACAAGUGUCUGAAUCUGGCACGAUAGGGUAGUUGCUGUCUCACUGCAUCAUUGUAAUGUCAACCAUUAUGCAAUUCUUAUGCCACUGCAAAAAAUCCUGUUACUCUUCUCUUC